AGCAGGGGGUGGAGCCCAAGGAGGAAGGCGACCGCGACGAGGAAGAGGACGCGGCUCGGGCCAUGAAGCGGGCCGAGGCGGGGGAAGCCGGCAGCUGGCCGGGUGCGCUGGGGCCUGAGGAGCCCGGCGGCCUCCCUUGGUUCCAUGAUCAAGUGGUGCCAGCAGGAAGUUCUUCAUCUAGAGUCAUAGUACACGUGGAUCUGGAUUGCUUUUACGCACAAGUAGAAAUGAUCUCAAAUCCAGAACUAAAGAGCAAACCUUUAGGGGUUCAGCAGAAGUAUUUGGUGGUUACCUGCAACUAUGAAGCUAGGAAACUUGGAGUUAAGAAACUUAUGAAUGUCAGAGAUGCAAAAGAAAAGUGUCCACAGCUAGUAUUAGUUAAUGGAGAAGACUUGACUCGUUACAGAGAGAUGUCAUAUAAGGUUACAGAGUUGUUGGAAGAAUUUAGUCCAGUUGUUGAGAGACUCGGGUUUGAUGAAAAUUUUGUGGAUCUAACAGAAAUGGUUGAGAAGAGACUAGAGCAGCUUCAAAGUGAUGAACCCUCAGCACUGACUGUGUCGGGUCAUGUAUACGGUAAUCAGCCUAUAAACCUGCAUGACAUCUUGCACAUCAGACUACUUAUUGGAUCUCAGAUUGCAGCUGAGAUGCGGGAAGCCAUGUAUAAUCAGUUGGGUCUCACAGGCUGUGCUGGAGUGGCUUCUAAUAAAUUAUUGGCAAAAUUAGCGUCUGGCAUCUUUAAACCAAAUCAGCAAACACUCUUACUACCUGAAAGUUCUCAAGAUCUCAUUCAUAGUUUGAACCACAUAAAGGAAAUGCCUGGUAUUGGCUAUAAAACUACCAAACGUCUGGAAGCACUGGGUAUCAGUAGUGUGCGUGAUCUUCAAACCUUUUCAUCCAAAAUAUUAGAAAAGGAAUUAGGAAUUUCAGUUGCUCAGCGUAUCCAGAAGCUCAGUUUUGGAGAGGAUAACUCUCCUGUGACACCCUCAGGACCUCCUCAGUCCUUUAGUGAGGAAGAUUCAUUUAAAAAAUGUUCAUCAGAAGUUGAAGCUAAAAAUAAGAUUGAAGAACUACUUGCUAGUCUUUUGAACAGAGUCUGCCAAGAUGGAAGGAAGCCACAUACAAUAAGAUUAAUAAUCCGUCGGUAUUCAUCUGAGAAGCACUAUAGCCGUGAGAGUCGUCAGUGCCCAAUUCCAUCCCACAUAAUUCAGAAGUUAGGGAUAGGAAAUUAUGAUGUGAUGACCCCAAUGGUUGAUGUACUUAUGAAACUUUUUCGAAAUAUGGUGAAUGUGAAGAUGCCAUUUCAUCUUACCCUUUUAAGUGUGUGCUUCUGCAACCUUAAAGCCCUAAAUACUGCUAAGAAAGGGACUAUUGAUUAUUAUUUAACACCAUCAUUAUCAACAACUUCACGCUCUGGCAAGCACAGUUUUAAAAUGAAAGACACUCAUAUGGAGGAUUUUUCUAAAGACAAGGAAACAAAUUGGGAUUUUCUACCAACUGGAAGAAUUGAAAGUACAAGAACUGGGGAGUCUCCACCAGAUACUACAAGUUUUUCUAAAGAAAAAGACAGUAACGAAUUUCCACUCUCCUCACUUCCUGAGGGUAUUGACCAAGAGGUCUUUAAGCAGCUUCCAGUAGAAAUUCAAGAAGAAAUCCUUUCUGGAAAAUCUAGAGAAAAAGUUCAAGGGAAAGGAAGUUUGAGUUGUCCAUUACAUGCUUCUAGAGGAGUAUUAUCUUUCUUUUCUACAAAACAAAUGCAAGAUGGUUCCUUAAAGACUAGGGAUCAUUUAUCCAAUACCAAACAGAUAUCCUCUGUAUCUCCCUGCGAACCAGGAACAUCAGGCUUAAAUAGCAGUAGUUCCUCUUAUGUGUCUAACCAAAAGGAUUAUUCACAUUAUAUGGACAGUAGCUUAAAAGAUGAACUAAUGAGUCAAGGACCUAAAGAGUCUCAAGGAUUCCACUUUUCAAAAACAGACCCUGCUGUAUCUGUUUUCCAUUCAUUUCCAAAUUUGAAGAGUGAGCAACUUUUCUCCAAAAACUUCACUACAGACAACCAUAAACAACCGAUGGCAACAGUCUUCAUUCAUGAAGGACUCACAGAAAAUAGAGAGCAAGAUUCUACCGAAGAGAAAAUUACUUUUCCUUCUGACGUUGAUCCUGAAGUUUUCUAUGAACUACCAGAAGAGGUACAAAAAGAACUGUUGGCUGGUUGGAAGAGAACAGGAUCAGAUUUCCACACUGUCUUUGAACCAAGAGAAGCUGCAUCUGGACCUGAUAUAUAUCACAAAGUUCUAGACUUGAAGUCUGAUACUGUGAUUGUAUGAGACCUCUGGGGGUCUUGGGAAUGAAUGCUAGAAUACCUUCAGAUGCCAGGCCUGGCCGUGUGUUCCACUCUUGGCUAAUGAGAUGUGAACAUCUUGGAUUGAACGUGGAGGUUUCCAAAAAGCCUACGUACCAGGAUGAAAUCAGCUAAAAUGUCUUUUAGCUUUUACCCUUCUUUGUCCUGCCUGGAACCCUGGGACAGUGCCACUGAGACAGAAAGACAGAAGCUACAAUUGAAGCAGAAUUGAGUGACGUAAAGAGCCUCCCCGGACUCUGGAUCCUAUUGAACCUUCCAUCUCAGCAGGCAGUCUCCCAGUUGACGUGUAAUGCGAGGACUGGUGGGUGCGGGUGGAAGCUCACUUUGCCACUGAGUCCCACUACCACCACCCCAGCAGGGAUAUCAAAGCACCAUACCUGCCUCUGCCGGAUGGCAGGUGGAAGAUGAGCUCCCUGCUCAACCUUGCCGACACCACAGGCUGGGGGUGUUCAGGCACCACCGCCUGCUUCUGCAGCGCAGAGAUGAGGUGGGGUGGAAGAUUCGCUCUGCUUUGCCCACACGGUGGGGUAGGUGCAGUUUUUAGGUUGAUGUUUGGCUGGUGUUCUGCGGGGCCACUCUUUUGUUUGUGGACACUCCUAUGGAGAGGAGAAGCAGGCGUUUUCCUAAAGCCUCCCCCCUCUUUUUUCUUCUUUCCUGUCAGCACUUCCAGGUUGGAGGCUUCUGCAGCGCCCUGUCUGGAAUAUACAGAUGGCAAUAAGGAAACCCUGAGAACUCACUGCUAAGACAUUCCUCAAGUCCCCAGGUCCUUGGCCAGUUUGCCUUCUUCUUGCCACCUAUGCUGGAGUCUUCCUAUGCUUUUAUGUUGUGUUAAAUGAGUGUAACUGGUAGAAGCAUGGACUCUGAAGCCAGCCUGCAUAGUCUGAAGCUGAGCGUUGCUAUUACCUAUGUGUAACCUUGAGAAAGUUACUUAAUCUCUCUGGGCUUCCAUUUUCUUUUCUGCAAAAUGGGGACAGUAAUACAACCGACGUCAUGAGAAUAAAGUCCUGGCCAUAGAUACAAGACUGACGGAUGGGCAGAAAGGCCAUAUCGUCAUCAACAUCAUCAUCUGCAUCAAUGAUCCUGUCCAUUAAUGCUGGCCACCUGUGGGCAGUGACUCAUCUCUAAUUUCUCCAGCUCUUGCCUUUCUGAAUUUACCUACUGGAUGGCUCAUUCUGCAGGUAUCUGUUCUCAGUAGGUAGUCCACUGGAAAGAAUUUAUUCAAGAUGAAGAAAUUGAAGCCUAACAUUAAAUUACAUGGAGAACUAGAGAUAUGUAUAGAACUAGAACCUGGAUUUCCAGUACAAUAUUGUGUCUACUACCCCACAUUGACUAGGUAAUAUAUUCUGAAAAAUAUAUUGACUUAGCAGCCUGUGGUGUAAGGCCUAAAAUUAAAGGCCAAUAUAUGUGCUGCUUUGACAUCUGGUAAAACUGGGAGGGUUGUGAAUGGCCUGACUGCAAGUUCCUCUCCCCACUCUGUUCCCACAGAUGAGAACCUUUAGUCCAACAACCCUCCUUAUCAGCAGGAUCAGACACAAUGCCUCCUUAUACCUGAGUAGUGCGUUUCAGUUCCCUGCUACCCUGCAGAAUUAUUCCAACAACUAAUCAGAUCCUCCUGUAGGAAUCAGGGGUCACCUCAACCUCUUGACACUACAAAGCCUGCCUUGCACAACCCCUAGUUAUUCACUCUGUUCCUGAGUGCAACUCCUAUGUCACACUGCAUGACAUGGUGCAUCCUUGAGAGUUUAGCUAAGCUACUCCAUGGUACUGCUGCCUCAGUAUCCAUUUUGUUUGGCCGAGCAGCCUGCAGGGGCCUUAAACUAACACUCGUCCUCUCAUGUAAGGACACCCCCAGAUAACAGCUCUCAGAGUCACAAGCAAAUGUAAGUUCCUGAUAUGACUUCCCCAACAGCGCUUCUGAUCAACUGUCUCUCCCACUUCCCAGGGCCUUCCCCUUGUGAGCACCUUAGGUAAGAUGCCCCCGGUGGAGCAUACCAAAACCCUGCUCUUCUUGGUUCCAAUUGAUCAAUCUGGCCUUAGCCCAGGAACCCCAAAGCACUCCACCCACCGACACUAAUAAAGGCAUGUGCCUCAGGUCCUGCCUCUCUCUGUCUGCAGCCUGCCUCGACCUCCCCACAUGCGGCCCUUGAGGUGUGCUCUACACUUCUUCCUCGACCUUUGAGAAUACAGAGACUUGGAGACAUUAAGAAAUGUGUUCGACUCUCCUACACUGUUGGUGAGAAUGUAAAUUGAUGCAGCCACUAUGGAAAACAGCAUGAAUGUUCCUUGAAAAACUAAAAAUAGAGUUACCAUAUGAUCCAGCAAUCCCACUCCUGGGCAUGUAUCUGGAGAAAACCAUAGUUCGAAAAGAUAAACGCACCUCAAUGUUCACAGCAGCACUAUUUACAAUAACCAAGACAUGGAAGCAACCUAAAUGUCCAUUAACAGGUGAAUGCAUAAAGAAGAUGCAGUAUAUAUAUACAAUGGAAUAUUACUUGGCCAUAAAAAAGAAUGAACUAAUGCCAUUUGCAGCAACAUGGAUGGACCUAGAGACUUUCAUACUAAGUGAAGUAAGUCAGACAGAGAAAGACAAAUAUGAUUUGACAUCACUUAUAUGUGGAAUCUAAAACAUAAUACAAAUGAACUUAUU